GUUAAACCAUGUCUACGACGGCUACAGCAACCACCACCACAACAAAAGCAUUCGAAAAUGACUAUGGGGAUUUCAGCCAGUUCAACAAGGCAAAAACUGUAAAGCAAACGUUCGCCGAGCACGUCUAUCUUCAAUAUCUACUAGUCUCUGGAAUCUACAUGCUUGAGCCUUGGGAGCAGCGUCUCUUCAACUGGGUUAUCAUCUUUGUGCUCACAACAUUCAUUUCCCUAAUCACCUUCUUUGUCGUCUAAUCACUCUUUUUUCUCUCAAUGUGUUCUGUUUCCAUGUCAACUCCUUUUACUAUUUCUGAAUACUCAACGUUUUCUGUGAAUUUACUUUUCAUUCUUCGAUUUGUUGAAGAUGAAUUUAAACGCGGUUAUUCUGUAUAUAUCAUCUUGCCUCCUCGUUCUCUCAAAUAAUGGUAUUUAUCGAUUUUCUGUAGUUAAAUAUUAAACAUAACGAUGUUGCGUUAUCACAAAAGCUUACAUGUGUAUAGUAUAAUGACACUGCUGUUGGAAGUGUCAUUCAAUUAUGAACUUCUUUCGACGCUAAAUUUUUAUACAAUUUUUUACAACUAAAUACUUUUGGCGAGUUACGAAAAUUCUAGAUCUUAAAUAAAACAAGAACAUGCAA